CGCACGUCCGCUAAAGAGGCUGGUACGCGCGCGCAGUACGCGGCCGGCUGUAGCGCGGAGCACGCGCAUCGACUAACCGACUCCGUGACGUAGUAGAUGACUGUUGCAAACACACGUAGCCAUGAAGGUGGACAAAGAGAGUCUCGCGGCACCCACCGACACUAAACCUGUUAUUGUCGACAGGAAGGGGAGCCACUGUUUAUUGAACAUCACCCCGGCCCAGCCAAAGACCCUCACGCACCUGCCCAAGAGGCCGCCGGUGGACUUGGCGUUCACUGAUCUCACAUACAAAGUGCAAGAAGGAAGAAAAAGCAAUGAGAAGAUUAUCCUUAAGUCGGUGUCGGGGCGGCUGCGCUCCGGCGAGCUCACCGCCAUCAUGGGCCCCUCCGGCGCGGGCAAGUCCACGCUGCUCAACAUACUCACCGGAUACAGGACCUCGGGCAUGGAAGGCAGCAUCACAGUGAACGGCAUGGAGCGGAACCUGUCCAGUUUCCGGAAGCUGUCCUGCUACAUCAUGCAGGACAAUCAGCUACACGGAAACCUCACGGUGGAGGAGGCCAUGGAGGUGGCCACCUCCCUCAAGUUGCCCAGCUCAACCACAAGGACGGUGAAGGAGGAAAUGAUUCACGAGAUCCUGGACACGCUCAGCCUGCUGGAGCACCAGAAGACGAUGACGUCGAACCUGUCGGGUGGGCAGAAGAAGCGGCUGUCGAUCGCCCUGGAGUUGGUCAACAAUCCACCGAUCAUGUUUUUCGACGAGCCCACCUCGGGUCUGGACAGCUCGUCGUGCUUCCAGUGCAUCUCGCUGCUGAAGGACUUGGCGCGCGGCGGCCGCACCAUCAUCUGCACCAUCCACCAGCCGUCCGCUAGGUUGUUCGAGAUGUUCGAUCAGCUGUACACGCUGGCCGACGGACAGUGCGUGUACCAAGGGAACACCGGACAAUUAGUGGACUGGCUGGGCAGCCUGAACCUGCAGUGUCCGUCGUACCACAACCCGGCGUCGUUCAUCAUCGAGGUGUCGUGCGGCGAGUACGGCGACCACACCGGCCGCCUCGUGCGAGCCAUCAACAACGGACAGAACGACAUCAGGAAUGGUGUGCCGUUCCCCGAGGUGAAGGUGCCGGACUACAACAACAAGAAGGACAUGGAGCAGUCGCUGAAGGUGGAGCACAACAAGAACGAGCUGGCGCACGCGCAGGAAAAGUUCCAGGAGGACGGCGGCCGCGACAACAACGGCGGCGGCAACGGCGCCCUGCACAACGGCCUGCUGCUGCAGUACGCGCACACAGAGCUCGCCAAGGGGAAAGCCGGCGGCGAGGCGCUGGUGGUGCAGGUGGAGAAGGCGGAGCUGGAGAAGCAGGACAACGCGUCGGCAGCGCUGCUGGGCGGCGGCGGCGCGGCGGCGGCCGGGCCGCGGCGCUACGCCACGUCGGAGCUGCGGCAGUUCUGGGUGGUGCUGAAGCGCACGCUGCUGUUCAGCAAGCGCGACUGGACGCUCAUGUACCUGCGGCUGUUCGCGCACAUCCUCGUCGGCUUCCUCAUCGGCGCGCUCUACUACGACAUCGGCGACGACGGCUCCAAGGUGCUCUCCAACCUCGGCUUCCUCUUCUUCAACAUGCUGUUCCUCAUGUACACCUCCAUGACCAUCACCAUUCUCAGCUUCCCGCUCGAGAUGCCGGUGCUGGUGAAGGAGCACUUCAACCGCUGGUACUCGCUGCGCUCCUACUACCUCGCCAUCACCGUCUCCGACAUACCCUUCCAGGCGAUAUUCUGCGUGAUGUACGUGGUGAUCGUGUACCUGCUGACGUCGCAGCCGGCCGAGUGGACGCGCUUCGCCAUGUUCCUGUGCUCGUGCCUGCUCAUCUCCUUCGUGGCGCAGAGCGUCGGCCUCGUCGUCGGCGCCGCCAUGAGCGUGCAGAACGGCGUGUUCCUGGCGCCGGUGAUGUCGGUGCCGUUCCUGCUGUUCAGCGGGUUCUUCGUGUCGUUCAACGCCAUCCCGCGCUACCUGCGCUGGAUCACCUACCUGUCCUACAUCCGCUACGGCUUCGAGGGCACCGCGCUCGCCACCUACUCCUUCGACCGCGCCAAGCUGCAGUGCCACCAGGUGUACUGCCACUUCAAGAACCCGCAAACGACGCUGGAGGAACUGGACAUGCUGGAAGCGGACUUCACGCUCGACAUCGCCGCGCUGUGCCUCAUAUUCGUGGUGCUGCGUAUAUCCGCCUUCCUGUUCCUGCGCUGGAAACUCAAGUCCACCAGGUAGACGCGCACCUGCGCCGCCUGCCUUUGAUUCCGUGCUCACAAACGACUGUUAGUGUUGCCAGCUUGUGAUGUUCAAAAAUAGUGAUGCCAUAAACACAACUUGUAAAAGCAGCUGAAAACAGUAGGCCUCGAAACUGAUAGUAUUUUAAACCAUAAGUUUACAUACAUAUCUGUCACGCCUGUCUCCCAUUAGGGUAGGCAGAUACAAUAGAACACCAAAUGCUUCGAUCCAAACAAACCUCUUUCGCUUCUUCCGCAUUCAUCAAUCUUUUCAUAUACGCUCGCCGGUUACGGGUACUUUUAAUUUGGCCCUUCUUCAGCACGUCGCCUAUUUGUUCGGCAUACGUCCGUCUAGGGCGUCCCCUACCGACAUCUUCAUUUAUUCUUGCUAACCAUAAGUUUUAAACUUAUCUAAUAAAAUACUGGAUAGAUUCGAACUAGAGAAUUACUAUUAUUUCUCGGUGAGAGUCGAGUUGUACAUGUCAACUGUACUGAGGCACGUCACUGACAGAAUAAGCUGGCAACAUUAUUUUUGCAUCGAAUUAAAAGUCGGAGCUUAGACACUUAAUUUAUACUUGUAAUGUAUUAUAUAAGACUAAAUACAAAGACAGGUUUUACGUUUUAAGGUUGUCGGUUGGAACUCCUUCAUGUUAAGUGUAUGAGGCGUAGUUUUAAUGUAGGAGAGUUACAAUCGCCUUAGUUAAAGUCACGUUUAUUCGCAGUUGUUGUGAUAGUCGACGUUAAUUCGAAUAGAUAGGAUUUACUGCGACCUUGGAUUCCAACACUCGGCUAGUGUGGGGGGAGGAGGAGGAGGGGGAGGUUUUGUGAAGUUGUAACAUGACAAUUUAUUGUAGAGAACGAUAGCCAAUUACUAAGUGCCUGAUAUGUAAACAUAUUAUCUGCCUUUUGAUUACGAUUACUCGAGCGACAUAAUUAUAAUUAUAAAUAACAAUUAUAUUUUAUUAUAAGCAAUAAUAAUUUGGUCACAAACAUUGUACACUUGACCGACGCAGCAGUGGAUAUAGCGCCGGAUUGGAUAUUACAUUCCGUUACCGUAUCAAGUCUCGUCGCUCCGGUUAGUACGUAACCAUUCCUGAUGUUUAAAUUUAUAUGUGAUAACUUUGUGAUAUGAAACAUUUGCAAUGAAUAGAUUUACACACGUGUCCCACAAUAUAAGACAAUAUACACGGGCGGCCUUGUAUUUACACUGGAGACACUCGGUGCAACAGGAAAACAGUACACUACCGUGUUGUUACCGUAGACACGAGUGGAAUUGGCCAAAAUAUUUACAAAUGUAAUAUUGCUAUAAGAUCUGAUGUAUUUAUUUAGCGAUAGUGUUGACGAACGAUGGCCUGUCGCUGUGAUGAUGAUUAUGAUAGGGAUGGACUUGCUCACACGUCUUGCCUUACGGCUUGCCUUAUGCCGUCUCCGAGCGGCGGAUGCAUUGUCACACACACGACGUGGGCGGUCAUGGGGAACGUGUAACGUUGUGUUCUCCAUUGCCGUUCAUGUUUUCUGUUAGACUAAUCAGGGAUCAUGGUAAUUUCUAUUUGUACUUAGUUUUUUUUUUUUAAUAAUAUAGAUGAAUUUAUAUGGUCCAAUAUUGUGGUUAGCUGUUAAAGUACAUAGAUUUUAUGAUGUUUUUGUAUAUUUCAUUUUGUAAUAAACGGUUUAUAAAAUUAUAA